CGGAAAGAAAGAUCCGAAGUAAGUUGCUGCUGGCUGGCUCGCGCGAGUUUAGUUGGUGGCCAUCAAAGUCAAAAAUUUAUUCAAAGAACACGGUCAUUCUUUUCAGCAACGCACCAUUCAUAGUUCAAUUCGAGUGAGUAGUUUAACGUUGAAUGUGGUGCGUAUUGCAGUGAGAAAAGCCUCGUACUGUGAAAUCGGUUCCGCGUUCGGGUUUGUGCUAGUUUUGUGGGGCCGCAGGUAGUUCUAAAAACACCUAAAAUGGUACUUCCUGUGGUGAUAGUGGUGAUUGGUGCGAUUAUGUGAGAAGUUUUCCCCCAGGAAUUCCGGUCGAUCGCUCCGACGGCGACGGAAAAUGCGAAUCAAUAGCCCUCGACGUAGCCCGAUUAUUAGCAGGAUCUUACCAUCUACAGUCAUCGUCGCCGAGCUAAGGCGAUCAUCAUCGAGUAGGAAAUCAUCGAAAGGAAUCGAAAGGAAUCGAAAGGAUCGAAAGGAGAUUCUUGAAUAACCACUACUACAACCGAAAGAAAAAAUCGGCUACACAAGAAAAAGCGAGAAAGAAGCAACAGCAACAAGCAAAAGGCAUCAUCUCGACAUCGACAGGCAAAUCGACGACGACGACGACGUUCAGCAUCAGCAUCGCGGCGGCUCAUUAUUAUGGAAGCGAAGUGGCAAGCCUUGGUUUUCCCCGUUGGUUGUUGCCGCCGUUGUCAAGGCAGCAGCAUCAACUUCGCCACCAAGAUGGUCAGGGAAUUGUUUUCAAUCGGUAGAAAAGUUUAGUGAUAAACAGUAUAUCAAAAAAUUACGUUGUGCAAAACAAAAAAGUUCCUCUGAUCCGCGAGAAAAAAGGUAGAGCAACACAAUCUUAAGAUUUCAGUAGUGUAGAAAAACGGUGCAACCCGGAAGUGAUAUAUCCUCCGACAAGUGUAAACCGGAAGUGAGAAAAGUUUCUCAAACCUCAUUGAAAAGAAUAUUGAAACGAACAACACAAAUCAAAGUGGCCAAAUUUCAUAAAAGAUUUCAAUAUUCCAAGUCCAAGAAGCAAAAGUUUGUAUCCUCAUUCAAAAAACCAUCGAAGCCUGUUGCAGAUACUCCUCCCCAGCUGAUCACACCUUGCUGGAUGUUUCUACCUGCAACUUUCGAUUCCUGGAAAACCGGCAGUCUAUCGACGAAACGAAAACAACAAAAAUUCCCACAAUGGGAAACUGUAUCGGAAUUAAUCGGAACGAGCCCGAAACGCUGGACACCGGAUCGUCCAACGUUACUAGACCAGUGACCGGAAUUAUCGCAGGAUCGGCCACUGGAUAUGUCGGUGCGCAACGCAAAAAUCAUCCGCUGUGUCACGAGACGAUCCGCUGGAAGUCGGAGGUGCCCUUGACCGAAGGUCAGUUGCGGAGCAAACGGGACGAAUUUUGGGACACGGCUCCGGCUUUCGAGGGGCGCAAAGAAAUCUGGGACGCCUUGAGGGCGGCCACCAGUGCAGCAGAGGCUCUUGAUUUCCAGCUGGCGCAAGCUAUCCUCGAUGGGGCCAACAUUACCGUACCCAAUGGGUACUUAACGGAGUGCUACGAUGAGCUCGGAUCCCAGUAUAAGCUACCAAUCUACUGCUUGUCCUAUCCGAUCAACAUCGUCAAAGAAGACUAUGGACGUGAUUCGCCGGCCGAAUAUUCGGAACCUGUUGAUGGAGGCACCGAAGUCAUUCUCAAGCUGCGGCUUUCGUCCACCUGUACAGAUGUUAAAUUAGCAGUUUAUUCUAAAGACACAAUUGGCCAAUGUAAAAAGAAGCUACAGGCCCAGGAACGGAUCGAUGCAUUUACCCAGCGGUGGUUCUACGGAGGCAAGCUACUAGGUGAUAAAAUGCACAUCGACGAAGCCAGCAUACAGCCCGGCUACAUCGUGCAAGUAAUUGUAAAUACUGAAAAACAAUCGUCUCUCGCGAUUAGCUAGCCGAGAAACGCCAGCAACCGUAGCCAAAAAUCGAAGAACCAACAACUACAACAACGGCAACGCUCCAGGCGCCAGCCCGAAAUCGGCGAGGGAACAGAUGGCUUUCGGAUGGCCGACGGAAGGGUGGCCGCAGGGCUGGAGAUUGCUGUUCUGGUGCCGAAUCCGAACGCUGGUUGCCGGAUUCAUGAUGUGUUAAUAAACGUUAAAUACUAUUCAAAUUAAGAGGAGGUGUUCUGGGGCACACGGAUUUGCAACAAGUUGCAGCAAACUAAAG